AUGCGAUUUAUAGGAAUUAUUUUAUGCUGCUGUUGUGUAUUUACUGGUCACUUUUCAAAUGGAAGCAACAUUUAUUACUCGUCAGAAAUCAAAACGCGCCUCAUCAAUCAUACAAUGGAAUUGAUUAAUGAUGUUUUCAAGAAUAACUCGAACCCAGUGAUAAUAACUUUCGAUUUGGUUAAUGACCAAGUUGUAAGUCGAAAUAUCGAUAAUGGAAAUCCGCUGAUAGUAGUGAAUGGUGAUCUCAAACUUAAACAAAUCGAAGGGUAUCAUCCUAGCUAUCCUACAUACGUCAUCGAAUUUGAAUCUAUGCACAAUCUGGCAUCACUCAUUUUUGGGUUUAUGCGCUCAACAAUCUGGAGUUUAAAAUCACCGAUUUUCAUUCUUGACAUUUCUGAAGGGCCUCAUGAGGGAAACGCUGAUAUAAUUUUUCGGUUUUUUAGAAAGUUCGAUAUAUUGGUAUCAUAUUACUUAUAUGUAAAUAAAAAUUAUCAAAAUAUUAAUUUUGAUAAGACUCAGUACUUGGAUGGUCAUAAAAUAAAAUUAUUAGAAUAUUUUGGUUCAUCGAAUUUAACCGAACAGCGUAAACAGGAAAUGAUUUAUAUGAAUCUGAAACAUGUGAAAGACACUAAAGAUCUCUUUUUAUAUUCAUUACCUGAUUAUAUGAAAGUAACUACGUCACUCCAUAUGGUCGACGGCUAUUUUGAUAAUAAACAAAUAAAGUCUGGUUUUGAUAUCAACCUUUUCGGUCGUGAUUAUGAUGCCUAUAGUCGAAUGUAUCAACUAGCUGACACUAAUUAUAAAUUAACAGAUUUUGUGACGCAGUAUCGAGAAGUGCAUUUUUCAAUUUUAACUAAGAAUACUAAUUAUUUGACAGUAAUCAGAGAAAUUAACAUAAAUCUUACUUUUAUCUUUGCCACAAUCUUUGUGUUGUUACUCAUUCUACUGAUGAUAAUAAUAAAUAACAAAUUCCACGUGAGCCAAGGAAUUAUGGACAUUGUGAGCAUGUCGCUGGGCAUGGGGAUAAUGUCUCCAAUAAAACGUCUCUCGAUGAAGAUCACUUAUUUCUUUGGAUUUUUAUUCAUUUUUGUAGUGAUGCCCGAAUUCCAAGGUCAGAUCUCAGCGGUUCUAUCGCAACCAGCGCGACGUAAUGUUGAAACUUUAAAGGACUUAUUCGACAACAAGUACCAUGUAUUUUAUAAUGGGUUAUUGUUAAAUGACAUUAUGAAUGAAAAAUUGUGGGUAAACGAAGAGGACCAGAAAUACUUGCAUGCAUCAACUCAUCUCAAUUUGAUAAAAUGCGCAAUCGAAGCCCAACAAAAUUCAACUAUCGCUUGUAUCGAAUUCAUUCCAUAUCAACUUGAACACGCUUUAAAGUUUAAAAACCUUCAUGUAUCAAAGGAAAUUGUCUUCAAAAAAUAUUUCGUGUUUUGGACAAAGAAGUACUGGGCUCUGAAGGACAAAAUUGAUAAAGCUCGUGCGAUACCGGUGGAAAUAGGAUUGAUCAACCAUUACGAUAAGGAGAUAAAGCUAUGGAAGCAGAUUAAGAAGAGGGAAAAGAUCAAAGAAGCUGAAAACUAUGAACGUAUCGACUUUGAAAACUUGGUGUUUUAUUUCAUUAUGUUUGCGGCAAUUUCGCUGUGGAGUUUAAUCAUCUUUGGCAUUGAACUCAUUGUUCACCACAUUCACUCAAAAUAUAAAAGACACGAAAAGGAGCGACGACAGUUCAUAGAGAGAUUGAGAGGACAAACACGAAUUAUUUUUUGCCCGGAUCGGAUUGUUCCGUCAACCAGCCGCGAAUGA